AAUAUUCAAAAUACUAGAUAUUUAGGAAUUUUUUCUAAUGAAAGUGUAGUUGAUAAUUGGUAUAAAGCUGUAUUAGAAUUAUCAAAAAAGAAUCCUUGUGAGGUUAAAUAUUCUAUUGAGAAGGUAUCUCGGGAAUGGUAUACAUUACCUCAUUCAGAUCAUAUUAUUCAUGUAACUCAAAAUGCUCCUGAAAAUGAAUUAAAACAAUUUAAAGAAAAAUGUUUUUGGUUAUUAAUGGACGAUAUGGGGGGUAGACAUAUACCUUUAAUUAAUAAUUUUGGAGAAAGUGGAGGAGGUAAUUCAGGUAAUAACAACCCCAGAUCAAAUUCAGGUUCUGGAAAUACAUCUGGUAAUCCUGGUUCAAAUACAGGUCAAGGAGGCAAUACAACUGGUGAAAAUACAAAAGGUUCAGGAAAUAGUACAGGAUCUAAUUCAAAUGAAUCAGGUGCUAAUAAAUCUAAUAAUUCCAGAUCUGGUUUAAGUCAAAAACAAAGAUUGGCUCUUGAUGAAAUAUUUAAAAAUCUUCAAAUACAAUGA